UCUACUCAAGCAUUCGUAAAAUCACUAAUCUUCUACUUUCUUACUUUCACCGAUCAAGAAACCAUGGUCCGUGACAGCAGAGGCAACGUAAUUCCCUGCACGAAAUCUUCCUUCGUUGCCGACACGCAAGGGCAAUACAUUCCCAUACAUCCUGCUGGCACAGGUAAGUCUGGACAAGUAUGGUACGCACUUUCUGCCAAAGAAGCGUUCUCAUCGAGCAAACCCUCACCAUGCCAACUAAUCGCUAAGAUUUGUGCUGUCAAGAUAUUUCCCGCUGGUGUAAGCUUGCGAACCUACGAAAACUCGAAACGGCAUCCCAAUGAUAACGUGGAAGAAGUAAAGGCCAUGUCGAAGAUUUCUCGUAUCGCUAAGGGAGACAUGAUGAGACAUUUCCCUCAGUUUAUUGAAGCGCUGAUAUCCAGUGACUGUCAUCAUGAAAUUUCGCCGUGGCUCAGCAUGCGUGCUGUGCGCGGGUUCGAACUGCAGGACAUGCUGCUGUUUGCGCGACAGCUAAAGACUCCUCUACCCGAAACGCUCGUAUAUCAUUGUUACGUACAGCUCCUUCGCGGUCUUGAGUUCCUGCACAACAAUGGUAUUUCGAAGAUGGAUAUUCAGCCCGUAAACGUCAUGGUCGACGCUGAUACUACCAAAGCCGAGAUCACCGGCCUUCCAAACUUUGUAUGGAUCGAUUUUGGUGGAUGCAAAGACAACAUCGACGCCGACAACGCCAAGAUUCAACGUGGAAUCUUCUAUGACUUUAUACACAGACUCGCUAUCCAGUUACACGUCUGUGAAUGCGAGAUUGAAGAUAAGGGUCGUCUGCAAGUGGAUCUCUGCAAACAACAUGAUCGUCUGUGGCAAGGAUUCGUUCGCAUCAUGCAGAUGAGUAAGAGUACCAUUGGACACGAUCCGAUUAGCGUACUAUAUAAGAAUGACACUGAACUGAAGGUCGGUGGCCGCCUGUUCAAUAUGGUCGAAACGAAGCGUCGUUAUAUCCCACAGUUUGAUCAGGCGAUCAUCAAGGCACUGAUGGAUCACACGAUCGCGUACACCCCCACAAUGAGAAACAAGUUCCCUGUGGAAAAGGACGUUGAGCAGGCUAUCAAAGAGUUCAGCCAAUUUGUUUCAUGA